UAUACAGUCCCGUUCCAGUCCCGUGGACCCCAAGAUUGUCAAUUCUCACCGUUCCACAACGAUCAAUGGGGUGUAGGUGAAGCACUACCAUGUGUAUACACGUUGCACCACUAUCGACAGAUAUAGCACACUGGAAUCUUGGCUUCUGCUCACUCGGAAAUGGCCACUACUCUGGUGCAGCUCCCAGCGGUCGUUAAUGGCAGUUUUCAAAGGAGUGAUGUUUCGUUCAUGUGUACCCCAAAAUCUGAAAAUCUGUACUUCACUAUUUCUCCUCCAUGCACUUUUCAGAGAAAAGGGUCUCGGAUUAGAUGCCAAUCAACUAGUACUGAAGAACCAAAGACGAGAAGAAAUCUACUUGACAAUGCGAGCAACCUUCUUACAAAUUUGUUAAGUGGGGGGAGUAUGGGAACAAUGCCCAUAGCUGAAGGCGCUGUCUCUGAUCUGUUUGGCCGACCACUUUUCUUUUCACUCUAUGAUUGGUUCUUGGAGCAUGGUUCAGUCUACAAACUUGCUUUUGGACCAAAAUCAUUUGUUGUUGUAUCAGAUCCAAUUGUUGCAAGACAUAUUCUCCGUGAAAAUGCAUUUUCGUAUGACAAGGGAGUUCUUGCUGAUAUAUUAGAACCAAUAAUGGGGAAGGGCCUUAUUCCUGCUGAUCUUGACACUUGGAAGCAGAGGAGAAGAGUUAUUGCUCCUGGGUUCCAUGCUUCAUUCUUGGAAGCUAUGGUCAGAAUAUUUACUGAUUGCUCACAACGAACCAUAUCAAAGUUUGAGAAACUUUUUGAAAGAGAAAACUUGCCUGAAGAAAUUGUGUUAGAUCUUGAAGCAGAGUUUUCAAGUUUGGCACUUGAUAUUAUUGGGCUUGGUGUGUUUAACUAUGACUUCGGCUCUGUCACGAAAGAAUCUCCUGUGAUUAAGGCAGUCUAUGGUACUCUUUUUGAAGCUGAACACAGAUCAACUUUUUAUAUUCCUUAUUGGAAACUUCCCUUAGCUAGGUGGGUGGUUCCCAGGCAGCGAAAGUUCCAAAAUGAUCUUAAGGUUAUUAAUGACUGUCUUGAUGGGCUUAUAAGUAAUGCUAAAAAGACCAGGGAGGAAACAGAUGUUGAAAAGCUGCAACAAAGAGAUUACUUAAAUCUGAAGGAUGCAAGCCUUUUGCGUUUUCUAGUUGAUAUGCGGGGAGCUGAUGUUGAUGAUCGUCAGCUCAGGGAUGACCUGAUGACUAUGCUUAUUGCUGGACAUGAAACAACUGCUGCAGUUCUUACAUGGGCUGUUUUUCUCCUCGCUCAAAAUCCAUCCAAAAUGAAGAAAGCUCAAGAGGAAAUUGAUUCUGUACUUGGUCAGAGGACAAUAACUUUUGAAUGUCUAAAGAAACUGGAGUACAUACGGCUUAUUAUUGUGGAGGCUCUUCGUCUAUAUCCUCAGCCUCCACUACUUAUCAGACGUUCUCUUGUACCGGAUGUACUUCCAGGGGGAUACAAAGGUGACAAAGAGGGAUAUCCAAUUCCUGCUGGGACUGAUUUAUUUGUUUCUGUUUACAACCUCCACAGAUCUCCAUACUUUUGGGACCGGCCUCAUGAGUUUGAACCUGAGAGGUUCUUAGUGCCAAGAAAAAGUGAAGGGAUUGAAGGAUGGGCUGGUUUUGAUCCUUGCCGGAGCGCUGGGGCAUUGUACCCAAAUGAGAUCAUAUCAGAUUUUGCCUUCUUGCCUUUUGGUGGGGGACCACGCAAAUGUGUUGGAGAUCAGUUUGCACUCAUGGAAUCAACUGUAGCAUUGGUAUUAUUGUUGCAAAAGUUCACUGUGGAACUGAAAGGAUCUCCAGAAUCAGUGGAACUUGUUACAGGGGCAACAAUUCAUACAAAAAGUGGUCUAUGGUGCAAAUUGAGAAAGAGGGCAUCCACUGUUUGUGAUAAUGUGAAACAUGGUUAGAAAGUCACCAUAUUACCUGAUAGUUCAGCAUAUAAUUGGAAGGUCAGAAGCAGGAGUUAAUAGCUUCCCCCCUCUCUGUAGUUUUGAGUAACCUAUUGCCACGAGAGACUGAAGUCUGAACAAAGAUGAAUUUGAGUGUGCCAAGCUUUUCCUAUGGAUUAUUUAACUGAGAAGAUGCACCCAAGGUUUUGUUUACUUUAUUUCUAUAUGUUUCAUUUUCUUCUAUACGUGAUUAAGCUGAAACAAGUUGAUCUUAAAUUUUGGCUUCAUAAAUGACUGUGGUUGAUAUAUAAAUGUAUCCCAUUUGAUAUCUUUAAUUGAGAAUUGUAGAGAAGAUGAGCCGAAUGGCCCAUAGACUAUUUUCUUA